CUUAGGCUUUAGCAGCACGAGGUUAAUAAAGACAUUCGAACAACUAAACUAAGGAAAGGAAAGGAAAAGAAAGGACUCCGACUCUCCACGCAAUGGGAGCUCCUAAUAAAAUCUCUGCUAUUCGGGCUAUAGGCAGAUAGUCGGUCGAGUCUUGCUGAAGUAUCGUUCUUUUCCUGGCGCAAACACCUAACCUCAGGGCUCCCUACCUCCCUACCUGCCUACCUACCUAUACGUUUCUUUUCUUCACGACGCACUGUGGGGGAGGAAGAGGAUCUACCGAUCAGCUUCAACAAAGCCCUAAUCCCAACAGACAGGCCAGCUGUACGCACGAUCAGGAGAGUCAUCAUCUCCAUCAUGAACCGACUCCGGAACCGGUCGAUCUACGACCUCCUGGGCGUCGACCUCCUGGGCGUCGACCCCGCGCUCGACCACAAGCACGUCUACGAGACAUCGUGGCUGCUUCCCCCGCUGGCGCUGGCCUGCCUGCGCGGCCUGAUCGCCCUCUACAUCUUCACCACCAUCUUCACCAUCUGGGGCUGGUACGGCACGCACGGCGAGCGCUACGCGAUCGGCGAGAGCUUCAGCUACUUCACCUGGCUGACCUACUGGGGCAUCGGCUUCUACAUGCUCACCGCCGCCAUCCACACCACCUGCUACGCCUUGACGGGCCGCUCGGUGCUCUUCGACCGCGGGCCGCGCGCCCUGCGCGCCCUCCACGGGCUCUUCUACACCACCGUCACCACCUACCCUUUCCUCGUCACCGUCGUCUUCUGGGGGAUCCUCUACUCCCCGCCGUGGUAUACCACCGUCGAGCCUGCUUGGCAGAACAUCUCCCAACACGGCCUCAACUCCCUCUAUGCCCUGCUGGAGAUCCUCCUCGCCACCACUAACCCCCACCCGUUCCUCAGCUUGGCCGUCCUCAUCUUCAUCCUCCUGCUCUACGUCUCGUUGGCCUACCUCACCUAUCACACCGAGGGCUUCUACACCUACAGUUUCCUCGACCCCGGCGCCCAUGGCCAGCACAGCGGCAAGGUCACCGGCUACUGCUUUGCCAUUCUCGCGGCGAUCCUGGUGUUCUUUUUCCUGUCGUGGGGCGCCAUCUGGUUGCGGCGCCGGUUGACGCAUGGGAAGGUAAAGCGGUCGGUGCGCGAUUCGGGGAAGGUGAUGGAGGAUGAGCAGCCGGAGGUGGCCGAGGUUUCUACUUUGCAGGUUUGAAACAGAUCACAGCUGGGGUGAGAUAGCUAUGGGAAGGGGGCAAAUGUAGGGGGGAUCAUAACGUAAUGUUUGAAAGAAAGGGGAGCGAUUGGUUUUCUAUGAUCAGAAAACUAUGGAUUCUGUGGUUUUGGGUUAUAUUCAUAGCUUCAUUAUAAUGCAUGAGAUG